CGCUUCGCUCCGAACGGAAGUGAGAUUCUUGUCACCGUGUAGAUGUUGUCAUGUGAUUGGAUUCCUCCGUUGCAAGUGAAAAGGACUUGUGAAGGCUACCGAAAAUAUACGCGAUAAUCUUUCGUCGAGGAAAACCAGGGUGCUUCUUACCCCCAACCUGCAACAGGAAAGCUGGCGGUUAACUUGGUACACAGCUGAAGGCCCUUACCGGAGACCAUGGGUUGCUGUUUCAGCAGCGAAAACGACCCUUCGGGCGAGGAUUCAGGAGAUAGAAAGCCAUUGUUGAACCCAGUCACAAACCUACCAAAUAAAGCAAGCAAUGGGACAGAGAGGAUUUCUACCAACCUUCCUUCAACCAAGACAGAUGAACAGGCAGCCCUUACAUCCAUCCUCACAAGGACAGCACUGAACAUAAUUGAUGUUGCUGCAGCUGAUUCACAGGGAAUGGAACAGCAUGAAUACAUGGACAAAGCGAGACAGUACAGUUCAAAGCUGGCCAUGUUAAGCAACACCUUGUCAUUAAAGAAACCUUCUCUUCUGCCUUCCUUAACUAACCAGCCACAUCAAGUACUUGCAAGUGAUCCAGUGUCGUAUUCAGAUGUACAACAGGUUUUCAAGAUAGCAGCUUAUGCGUACAGUGCACUUUCACAAAUAAAAGUCGAUGCAAAAGAAGAGCUAGUUGUACAGUUUGCGAUACCCUGAUUCACUGAAGAAAUUUCUGUUUGUCUCACCUUAUCCUUAUUUCUCUCACCAGUGUAUUUUCCUUCUUCCUUAUGUUGUUUUUUUCCUUUACAUUUUGUUAUUCCUGCACUACUGUUGGAGAAGUAAGACAGACACCAAUACAUUGUGAACUAGAUGUCUUCUCGUACCAAACAGGAUCAUGUAAAUCUGCCAGCUCUGGAAACAUACACUGAAUAGGCACUUGCAUAAACAUUUUUAACUUUGAUAGAGUUAAGACAAGACGUUGCAGGCUGAAAUCUAACAAGUUUUGUGUUAAUUAAAUUGUAAUAUUGCCAAACCUAUAUACUGUACUGUAGCAAAUUUGCUUCCUCUUUUAGUUUUUUUUUUCUGAAGAAUAUAGAAAAAGGUUUUGAAUCAAAAACAAAUGGAUAUGGACCCACAAGUAUGUUCUCACAGGUUAACAGGUUGUCCCAUAUGAAAUGCACAUUGGGUGCCAAUUAUUUUAGAGCAGUAGAUUGUAUGUUUGAUUGACUGCAGUAUGACGCUUUGAUAUUAAUAUGGCUUUCUCAGUCAAUAAUAACUUAAAAAUGUGCAUUAUCAAAGCUUUUUUAGAGACAUACAUUAUAUUUGAAAAAAAAUCAUAUUUAAUUGAACUGGAAAUAUUUGUUUUGUUUCACACAUUUAAUUAACACUAAAUUUUCAUAAGCACAAAUAAUGUGAAUUAAGAAAAUUUAGAUAGAUGUAUACAUGAUUGUGUCAAUAGCCCCAGUUUUUUUUUUUUUUUUAAGUGCUUAUUUUCUGCAUUUUUUACUUCAUAUAAAUUAAAAAUAAUCUCACAAAAUCUGCAAAAAAAUGAACAGACUUUACAUCAUAUUGGGAAUAGUAUUAAUAAAUAUUAAUAUGGUCUUUAAUAUUAAAGUAACCUUCUGUUUUCUGCUAUGUAAUUUAAUUUUACACUUAAUGGUGGAUAUACAUCUGCAACGGGCAGUUAUGUACCUGUAAAGUCAUGUAUUGGACCUAAAAAGACGUGUAAUUACUGAGGUGGUGGAAAGGGACAGUGCGGUUAAUAACAGAACAUCUCAUUAAAAUUAUUUAGGGCAAUGAAUAACAUUUUUUAGAUGCAUUUUUAAACACUACUGCAUUUUUUAACAUGUUCUUUCAGACAAAAUAAAUGUUUCUGCUUGAUUUGGUUAUCAAAUGAUGAUAAACGGAAAAGUAAAAGAAGUAAUCCAACUUUGAAAUGAAACCUCUAAACAUAAUCCCGAUUACCUGUUGAAUUUUUGUUGUUGGUCCCCCUCACUGCUUGACUGUACGGUACGAGCAGAUCUCCAGCAAAGCAAAGCAAAGCCAGGCACUUUUUCAUUGGUUUUUAAAGGGAUGAAGCUUAGGACUGUAAGAUUACUGCACCUAUUUUUAUUCAGCUGUCUGCUGUGUGCUGUUAGGAUUGAUGUGUUUGCAAAUAUUUUUUAACUUUAUUGUAAAAUAAAAUCUGAAUUAAGUUGCAACUUUUGUUAGGUCAUAACCAAAAAUAUCUAUUAAUAAAGAAUUCUGUUGAUAA